UCGAAUUUGAAGGGUUUUUUUUUUUUUUUUUCCCUGGAAAGAUAGGGUUCGCGGAAGUGUGGAUUCAGUUUAGGGGAUUGAUCGAAUUCCGUUCGGUCAAAUGGAGCCUGUGGUGGUUAGAUCGGGACGGCGAGGGAGGAAAAGAAAGCAGGAUGUACAAAACGGUUUGGAUGAUCGGCAAGCGAAGAAGCAGGUGGUUGAGACAAGGUCGAAGGCAUAUGUUGGAAGGUAUGUGAAGAAAGAGUUUGAGGGCAGUGGGGUUUUCCUGGGGAAGAUUGUAUCUUAUGAUACCGGUUUAUACAGAGUUGAAUACGAAGAUGGGGACUGUGAGGAUUUGGACAGCGCCGAAUUGAGACAGUUUCUUAUUGAGGAUGCUGAUUUAGACGAUGGCUUGAUCUUAAGGAGGAAGAACUUAGAUGAAUUAAUAGCAAAUAGAAAUUGGAAGGCCAAGGUUGUGGUAGAGGAGAAUAUACAGGCGCCUGUGGAUGCUGUAGACAAGAUCGAGGCACCUACACCGAGUGAAUUAAGUAAUGAAUAUGCUAAUGAAGGUGAUGCAGUUCAAGUUGAUGAUGAUGCUGAUUCAUCAAGUGAUUCAUGUGAGCAUGCUCAAUAUCAGGAUUUCAGCCCAGAGGCUGACACCCUAGUUGUUCCCCCGCCAUAUUUGCCUCCUUCUUCUGGAAAUAUUGGGGUACAAGAGGAGUUUGUUUCACACCUUUUCUCUGUGUAUGGCUUCUUGCGGUCAUUCAGCAUACGGCUGUUUUUGAGCCCCUUUGAACUUGAUGAUUUCGUGGGAUCACUAAAUUGUCUUGCUUCAAACACCUUAUUGGAUGCUAUUCAUGUUGCUCUUAUGCGUGUAUUGAAGCGUCAUCUUGAAAUGCUCUCUUCCAACGGUUCAGAGUUGGCAUCCAAAUGUCUGAGGUGUAAUGAUUGGAGCUUGCUUGAUACAUUAACUUGGCCAGUUUACUUGGUCCAAUAUUUAAUGAUAAUGGGAUACACGAAUGGACCCGAUUGGAAAGGAUUUUAUGUUGAUGCAUUAGAGAAGGAUUAUUACACCUUAUCUGCAGGUAGGAAGUUGUUAAUUUUGCAGAUGUUGUGUGAUGAUGUUUUAGACUCUGAUGAGCUAAGAGCAGAAAUAAACAUGCGUCAAGAAGCAGAAGUUGGGACAGAUUCAGAUGCUGUUGCAGCUGUUGCUGCCGAAAAUGGGCCAAGAAGGGUUCAUCCUAGAUACACGAAGACUUCUGCUUGCAAGAAUGAAGAAGCUAUGGGGAUCAUAGCAGAUCACCGGGCAAAGUCCUCCUGUAGCUCAUCUUUUUUGGAUGUAAAAGGCAGAGAAGUGAAUGCUGAUGAUAUUGUUGAUGAUGGUAAUGGUGAUGAAUGCCGACUUUGUGGUAUAGGUGGGACUUUGCUUUGCUGUGAUGGGUGUCCGUCAGCUUAUCACCAUAGAUGUAUAGGUGUGAGCAAAAUGUCUAUACCAGGAGGGGCAUGGUAUUGCCCAGAGUGUACAAUCAAUAAGGUUAAGCCACCAAUUACAAGGGGUACAUAUCUAAGAGGAGCAGAGGUUUUCGGAAUUGAUUCAUAUGGACAAGCGUUUCUGGGAACUUGUGACCAUUUACUCGUGCUUAAAGUUUCAAUCAAAUUAGAACCACAUCUCAAAUACUACAGCCAGCGUGAUAUUCCAAAGGUCCUGCAAGCACUGUAUUCAUCUGUGCAGCAUCUGGCAUUGUACUCUGAGAUUUGCAAACGAAUUUUACAGUAUUGGGAUAUCCAAAAAGAUCUUUUGCGUAUUCUUGAAACAGUUGAAAUGCAAAAACAAUCAGCAAACCUGGACACUACUGUUUCAUGUCUGGAAAACUCUGGUAAAGAGCCUGGGUCUAACAAGAAUUUACCGGGUAUAAUGACUCAAACUGAAAAUCCCAGUGAACAAAGGAGCAGUGACACUCUGACAAAACAGGUUUCUUGUUUCAAGAAUACAGAGCUCUUAGAGCAGGUUAAAGUUGAUUGGACCGUGUCUUCAAGUUCGGUCAUCCAGCAGGCUGAUUCAGCAGACUUGACUCAACAAAGCUUGUCUGUAAAAUCAAGCUUGACAGAAUUUGCUAUGUCUACUUCAGGAAAUAGCAGUGUGAGUUAUGGAGGACAUUCGCGUGGGAUGUGCGGGGGAAAUACAUUCUCUCAAAGCAGAGAAAGUAAUGCGGUAGUUACAGGAAGAGGUUACAGGAAUUCAUCCAACGAUUACUUAUAUAUGGGAUCAAAUUUCAAGCCUCAGGCAUAUAUAAAUGCCUAUACACAUGGAGACUUUGCUUCUUCUGCAGCUACCAGUCUGGCUGUUCUCUCAUCUGAAGAAAACCAGGUUUCUGAGUCUCAUGCUUCAGACAAUAGGAGGAAAGUGUCUGCUAACUAUUCCCUGCAAAUAAAAGCCUUCUCAUCAGUAGCUGCACGUUUUUUUUGGCCGAAUUUUGAAAAGAAACUUGUGGAAGUUCCUAGAGAAAGGUGUGGUUGGUGCCUUUCCUGCGAGGCUUCUGUUUCAAGCAAGAGAGGAUGCUUGUUGAAUGCAGCUGCCUCAAAUGCCACAAAAGGCGCCAUGAAGAUUCUUGCUUGCCUUCAUCCUGUAAAGACUGGGGAGGGAAACCUUUCUGCCAUUGCAUCAUACAUUAUGUUAAUGGAGGAGAGUUUACAUGGUCUGACUGGUGGUCCCUUCCGGAAUCCUACAUAUAGAAAGCUAUGGCAUGAACGUGUAGAACAGGCUACAACUUGUGGUGCAAUAAAGUCUCUCUUGCUUGAGCUUGAGGAAAACAUCUAUACUGUUGCUCUUUCUGGAGACUGGGUUAAGCUGGUGGAUGACUGGUCGGUUGGAUCUCCUGCGAACCAGAAUGGUACAUUUGCUGCUGCAUCAACUCAGAAACGUGGACCAAGUGGGAGGCGAGGUAGAAAACCGGCUGCUAUAUCUGAAGUCACUUCUGAUGAUUUCCUUGACAACUUAGGUGACUUCAACUGGUGGCGAGGAGGAAUCCUGUCAAAGCUCAUAUUGCACAGGGGCAUUCUUCCACGCUCAAUGGUUAAGAAAGCAGCUUGCCAAGGUGGUUGUAGAAAGAUUCCAGGCAUUUAUUAUGCCGAAGGUUCUGAGAUUCCUAAAAGAAGCAGACAAUGUUUUUGGAGAGGUGCUGUGGAAAUGAGUAAGAAUGCAUCACAGCUUGCGCUACAGGUAAGGUACCUGGACCUUCACAUAAGAUGGAGUGAUCUCGUUCGUCCUGAACAGAACCUUCAAGAGGGAAAAGGUCCGGAAACAGAAGCUUCUGCUUUUAGAAAUGCUUCUGUUUGUGACAAGAAAAUUGCUGCAGACAAUAUUAUAUAUGGAGUUGCUUUUGGAAAUCAGAAACAUCUCCCGUCCCGUGUCAUGAAGAACAUGAUAGAAAUAGAGCGAACUCAAGAUGGAAAGGAAAAAUACUGGUUUUCUGAAUCACGCAUUCCUUUAUAUUUGAUCAAAGAGUAUGAAGAAAAUGUAGACAAAGUGCAUCUGCCAUUAGCUGACAAGCCUGUGAAUGCACUCUCUAAGUUACAAAGACAACAGCUGAAAGCUUCCCGUAAAGAUAUUGUCUCUUACCUUUCCUGUAAGAGAGACAAUUUAAUCAAGUGCUGUUGUGCUUCAUGUGAACUGGAUGUUUUACUUGGGAAAGCAGUCAAGUGCAGUUUAUGUGAAGGUUUUAUUCAUGAGCAUUGCACCAUCAAAUCAACGAGGCACAGGAAUGGCAUUGUUGGGUCCUCAAUCACCUGCAAAAAAUGUUCCUUGCCCAAAACUCUCCCUCAGAGAGAAACCAUUAAUGGCUCACCAACUAGUCCUUUGCUCUUGCAAGGGGUAGAAUAUCAGAAUGCUGUUACAAUCAACAAAGGCACUAAACUGAAGAGCUUUAAUCAGCCACAAAAAUCUGUCAAACAUGUAGAGAGUUCUAUGGAGAUGAAAUCAGCAACGCACAGUUCUGCUUUGGUGCCAAAAGACAGACGAAAAUUAUGUUCUUGGGGUUUGAUAUGGAAAAAGAAGAAUACCGACGAUAAUGGCAUUGAUUUCCGAUUGAGUAACAUUCUCUUGAAGGGCAAUACAGGCGGGAGUUGGCCAAGACCAGUUUGUGUCCUGUGCCAUAAGCCUUACAAUUCUGAUCUCAUGUAUAUUCACUGUAACACAUGUGAAAAAUGGUAUCACGCUGAAGCUCUAGAACUUGAGGAGUCAAAAAUUUUUAAUUUGAUUGGGUUCAAGUGCUGCAAAUGUCGUAGGAUAAGAUCACCUGUAUGCCCUUAUUUGGAUCCAGAAAGCAAGAAAACAUUAGAGGCCAAGAAGCCACGUGCUAGAAUUCUGAAGGCAGGGAAUUCGGAAGUGGACCCUGAUAAUGGCACCAUCUAUGAGCAACCUAAAGAUUUAGAAUCUAGCCCUCCAAUGUUGCCAGCAAACGAGGAAGUUGCGGAGGAUGACCCUCUUCUUUUUUCUCUUUCAAUGGUUGAGGAAUUCGCAGAACAAAAUUCAGAAACUGAUUUUGAAUGGAAUACUGUGGCUGCGACUCCUAGUACUGCACCUCAGAAACUACCAGUUAGAAGGCAUAUGAAGAAUGAAAUGAAUGUAGAUGAAAUCUCAACAAGUAAUCUGCCCCAGGUUGAGUUAUCCACACCUAUUGAACGAAACAAUCUCCUGAACCCUGCUGAGGAAUCAUUAUCUCCUCACAUGGACUGGGAUGUUUCUAAAAAUGAGUGUGAUGAUGGUGUGCUUGACUAUGACGGUCUAAACUAUGAGGAUAUGGAGUUUGAACCGCAGACCUACUUCUCUUUUACCGAGCUCUUGGCAUCUGAUGAUGGCGGCCAGGUGGAUGAAGUUAAUACAUUCCGGGAGGGAUUUCAGGACCAGUUUGGAGUGGGUAUUAACAAUCAGCAAGAACUUUCAAUUGCUGCAGAACAUGGCAGUGAUAUAGUUCCUUGUCGCAUCUGUUCCCGUACAGAACCCAGUGCUGAUCUUUCCUGCCAGAUUUGUGGGAUAUGCAUACACAGCCAUUGUUCGCCUUGGGUUGAGCCAUCAUCAUCUAUGGAGGGAAAUUGGAGGUGUGGCGGCUGCCGAGAGUGGCAAUAGUUAAAUCUCUUUACGAAGAUCAUGAAUUUUGUUUAUGGUCGAUUGAGUUUACAAAAUGGACCAUGGUUAAGCGAGGUUUGCUGAUUGAGAUUGGGCUUUAUCGCAAGGUAGGGGAUGGGCAGAUUCAGUUUUCUACAUUGGUAGAAGUAAAUUGUGGAUAUCAUCCAUUGCAAACUUUGGGAGCUUUGAGUGCUUGUGCAGAUGGAGAUACACAGUAGGUUCUCCGGUGGAGGUGGGUGGGUUGGUUGGUUGCUGCAUUGAUCCAGAAAUGCCUACUUGCGAAAUCUCUCAUCUGAUUGAUUAAAAUCCGGUUUUUGAUGUUUGAAUUUUUUGGGGAUUGGUUAUUUUUCAGGCUCCACAACAUGUUAGGCCGAUUUUGCCAAUUUCUUCGUUUGAUUAGAGAACUGGGGGAAUAUAGGAUCCUCGUGGAACUGAGAUAUUUACCCCAUGUAGGAAGGAUAAGCAGGUGUUUUUUAUUAUGCUUAUCUGAUUGUUUUCGCUUGUGUAAAGUAGAAACCCCCACACCAUCAGCGAGGAUUUCAAUCUUACUGAACUCUUUUACCCAUAUAAUAGCAAUUGUUGAACUCUUUUACUCAA